AUGGUGUUCAAAAGCUUUCUACUUCUGCCAUUUCUACUGGUUCUUGGUGUUGUAUCUGCAGAUUCCAGUUUCAAAGAAGAAGAUGCUUUGAAACAUGUCAAGAACUCAAUCACAGAUGACCCAACUGGUGCACUCCUGGAUUGGAAUCCUGAUUCCACCCACCACUGCAACUGGACUGGAAUUCAAUGUGAUGAUGUUUCUGGACUCGUAGUUUCGAUUUCCAUUCAGGAAAAACAGCUCAAAGGCCAAAUCUCUCCCUUUCUUGGAAACCUUUCCAGCCUUCAGAUUCUUGAUCUAACUUCAAAUUCAUUCACUGGCAUCAUUCCUUCCCAGUUGGAAUUCUGCACACAACUUUCGACACUUUCCCUUUAUGCCAAUUCUCUAUCGGGGCUGAUUCCAUCGGAACUAGGAAAACUCCGGAAUCUGCAAUUACUAGAUCUUGGACACAAUUCGCUUACGGGUUCCAUUCCGGUGAGCUUGUGUAAUUGCACUUCCAUGGUGCAACUUAGCCUUGACGAGAACAAACUCAAUGGUACAAUCCCAGAUAGAAUCGGCGACUUGAUAAAUCUUCAGCUUUUUGGAGCCUUUAAUAAUCUCUUACAAGGCUCGUUUCCGACGUCGGUUGGUUAUUUGAAAGAGUUACAAGCUCUCGAUUUCAGCCAAAACCAACUUUCUGGUACUAUUCCUAGAGAGAUUGGGAAUUUGUCAAGUUUACAAGUUCUUCAGUUGUUUGAGAAUUCUUUCUCUGGGAAAAUACCAUCAGAACUUGGCCGUUGCACGAAUCUAACGGUUCUCAAUUUAUACAGCAACAAGUUCAUUGGUGCCAUUCCUGAUGAGCUGGGAAACUUGGUGGAUUUACAGUCUUUGCGGUUGUAUGACAAUCGGUUGAACUCAACGAUCCCAGUCUCGUUGUUCCGGUUGAAAUCAUUAUUGGUUUUGCAACUAGGGAGGAAUAAUCUAUCUGGGAAAGUUUCUUCUGAUAUCGGCUUGUUGGAGUCGUUACAGUUCCUGACCCUUCAUGAGAACAAGCUUACCGGGGAGAUCCCCGAAUCGAUAACCAGGUUGGUCAAUUUAACAUACUUGACAAUUAGUUUAAACUUCCUCACAGGAACAAUUCCUUCUAGAAUUGGGUCCCUUCAUAACUUGAAGAAUCUCUCUCUUAGCAAUAAUCUUCUAGAAGGUUCUAUCCCGUCCAGCAUAUCAAACUGCACGAAUAUCCGGUUGAUAGAUGUUUCUAGAAAUAGGAUUUUCGGAGAGAUUCCCAAGGGUUUAGGAAAGUUGUCAAAUCUUACGUUUCUAAGUCUUGGAAACAACCGGCUUUCAGGAAGAAUCCCAGAUGACCUCUUCGAUUGUCUAAAUCUAAAGACUCUAGAUGUAGCACAUAACAAUAUUACUGGAUUUUUGAAUUCUAGAAUCGGAAGACUUUCUAAUCUCCAAAUACUCCAAAUUCAUGAUAAUUCCUUCUUCGGGCCGAUCCCUAAAGAAAUCGGGAACCUAACUAGUUUGAUGUUGUUAAAUCUUGGGAAAAACCGGUUUUCCGGCACCAUUCCGGUAGAGAUUUCUAAAGUUUCUCUUGUUCAAAGUCUUUUAAUUGGUGACAAUAUUCUUGAAGGCCAGAUUCCAGAAGAGAUCUUUGAGCUUAAACAGCUGAUUGAACUCUACUUGAUGAACAACAAAUUUGUGGGUUCUAUUUCACCUUCAUUUUCGAACCUUGAGCUUCUUUCUAGGUUGGAUCUCAGUGGAAACAGGUUUAACGGAUCGAUUCCAGAUAGCUUGAUGAAACUUAACCAGUUGAUUUCGAUAGAUCUUUCACACAACUUCUUGAUGGGAUCGGUUUCUGGGCCGCUGAUUUCUAGUAUGAAGAAUUUGCAGAUGUAUCUCAACUUAUCGAGCAAUUUUCUUACGGGAAAGAUCCCGAAUGAGUUGGGUGAUCUGGAGAUGGUGCAAGCAAUUGAUUUCUCGAACAACAAUCUGUCGGGAGGAAUUCCGAUAACACUUCAAGGCUGCAGAAACCUCCGUAGUCUUGAUUUUUCAGGAAAUCAGCUUUCCGGUACUCUUGCAGCUGACAUAUUCCUGCCUCUCGACGAGCUUACCAGUAUGAAUUUCUCAAGUAAUCUGUUCGACGGUGAGAUCCCAAAAAGUUUGGCAAAUCUGACCCGUCUUAUUUCUGCCGAUCUUUCGGAAAACAAAUUCACGGGCCAGAUUCCCGAGAGUUUUGGCAACAUUUCGACACUGAAACACCUAAACCUUUCUUUCAAUCGGCUAGAAGGACGUGUUCCAAAUACCGGUAUUUUCAGAAACGCUAGCGCUGUUGACUUACUCGGAAAUCCCUCUCUGUGCGUUUCCAACGACACCAAAUCAUGCGCCUCAUCUCGUUCAAACAAAAUAUCCAGAAAGGCUGUAUUGAUUCUUGCAAUACUCGGAUCGCUCGCUUUGCUACUUGUUUCCAUUUUGGCGGUAUUGUGUUAUCGGCAUGUUGGGAAACCGAAAGUCAAACAAUCCGAGAACCCAGAACCAGAAUACACCCGAGGGUCCAUUCUCAAAAGAUUUGAUCGAAAAGAACUAGAAAAUGCUACCGCAAAUUUCAACGAAGGUAACAUUAUAGGUACAAGUAGUUUAAGCACCGUUUAUAAAGGUACAUUAGAAGACGGAAAAAUGAUAGCCGUAAAGAAUUUGAAUUUCAUCCAGUUUUCAGCCGAAUCCGAUAGAAGUUUCAACCGAGAAAUGAAGACAUUGAGCAAACUGAGGCAUAGAAAUCUAGUAAAAGUUCUUGGAUAUGCAUGGGAAAGUGGGAAGUUAAAGUCUCUGGUUCUCGAGUUCAUGGAAAACGGUAACUUGGAUCGAGUAAUACAUGAUUCUACGAUUGAUCGAUCGAGAUGGGAUCUUUCCGAAAGAGUUGAAGUUUUGGUUUCGGUUUCCAGAGGAUUGGCUUACUUGCAUUCUGGGUAUGAUUUCCCGAUUGUUCACUGUGAUUUGAAGCCUUCUAACAUUCUUCUGGACGGAAAGUGGGAAGCUCGAGUUAGCGAUUUUGGGACGGCUAGAAUUCUUGGAGUUCAUAAGCAGGACGGAAGUAGCAUCUCUUCUGGGUCGGCAUUCGAAGGCACCAUCGGUUACUUGGCUCCAGAAUUUGCGUAUAUGAGAAAAGUAACGACAAAAGUAGACGUUUUUAGCUUCGGAAUAAUAGUGAUGGAAUUCAUCACGAGAAAAAGGCCGACCGGACUCACUGAAGAAGACGGGCUCCAAAUCACUUUGCCUCAACUAGUAGACCAAGCAGUUUCAGGUGGAAUCAAUGAGCUGAUCGAGAUUGUAGAUCCUGAUCUGAAUUCUAAUUUCUCGACGAAGCAGGGCGUCAUAGAACAACUUCUUAAGUUGGCGUUAUGUUGCACCAGAAUGGAUCCAGAAGACCGACCCGACAUGAAUGAAGUCUUAUCUUCCCUUUCAAAGAUCAGUAAGAAAGUCUAGGUUGUAAGAACUACAACGGAAUUGGGUUUAUAAGACGUUAAAAAUGUUCAAGUAUCAUAAUAUAC